AGACGAUGAAGACACAAACGGAAGUAAAAUGAUUUCAUUUCCGGACUGAAGAUGUCCUGCAUGUAAAUAAACACGCGAGUAUGACAUUGGCCCCAUUUACGCUUAAGUUUAUUCGCCGUAAAACACACAACCAAAGGCAUCAUGUCUCUUCCAUGCGCUCGACGGCGGCUGCUCUCUACGCUCAAAGUCCACUGUUGCAGCCACCCGAAAUUCAGCAGCGCCUCGAACCCGCGGGAGAGACUUGACGGCGGUACUCCGGUGUUCCAGUACGUGGGCCGGCACAAGAAGCCCAGCCACAAAGUGUUCGUGUGGGGCUUUAGCUUCACGGGAGCUCUGGGCAUCCCCAGUUUCGUGGUGCCCGACAGCGGCAGGAAGAGGCCCCGAAAGUACCAACUCACGCCUUACCGGCUGGAGACGGAGGACCAGAUCUCGUCGGCCGCCUGCGGUUACGGCUUCACCCUCCUCGCCUCUUCCACCAGAGACGUGACCAAGCUGUGGGGGGCCGGCCUCAACAAAGACUCGCAGCUCGGGUUUCAACGCACUCAGCGCAGUCGACUUCACAGUUACGAUUACGUCUUGGAGCCGUCGCCGGUCGCGCUGCCUCUCCGAGAACCGCAAAAAACACGUGUGACCCAGGUGUCGUGUGGACGAGCGCACGCACUUGUGCUCACUGAUAGCGAGGGAGUGUUCAGCAUGGGCAACAACGCGUACGGCCAGUGCGGGCGACGCAUUGUGGAAGAUGAAGUGUACAGUGGCAGUCACGUGGUUCACAAAAUGGAGGGCGUGCAGGGCCGCGUGGUGCAGGUGGCGUGCGGGCAGGACCACAGCCUCUUCCUGACGGAGGCGGGUCAGGUGUACGCUUGUGGAUGGGGAGCGGACGGACAGACGGGUUUGGGGCACCACAAUGUUUGCGCCACCCCCACCCAGGUGCUCGGGGAGCUGUCUGGAGUGAAAGUCCAGCAGGUCAGCUCGUACGCAGACUGCAGCCUGGCCGUGUCCGCGGACGGACAGCUGUACGGGUGGGGAAACUCGGAAUACCUCCAGUUGGCCUCCGUGACAGACACAACACAGAUCAACUCCCCUCGUCGAUUGCCUCUCCCAGGCUGCGGCAGGGUGGUGCAGGCCGCUUGUGGAGGCACGCAGGUCGCCGUCCUCAACGAGCAAGGUGAGGUGUUUGUUUGGGGCUACGGGAUUCUGGGAAAAGGCCCCUCGCUGUCGGAGUCCUGCUCCCCAGAGAAGAUCCCCCCAUCCCUGUUCGGACGUUCCGAAUUCAAUCCCUCCGUUUCCGUCACCAAGAUCCGAUGCGGCCUCGCUCACUUUGCGGCCAUCACGGAUCGUGGCGAGCUCUUUGUGUGGGGGAAGAACAUCCGAGGGUGUUUGGGUAUCGGGAAGCAAGAUGACCAGUUCUUCCCGUGGCGAGUGACUGUUCCCGGUCAAGUGGUGGACGUCGCGUGUGGCGUCGACCACAUGGUGGCCCUGGUGAAGUCCCUUCUGUGAGUUUGGAUGAACGACCGUCUUUGAGCUCCAAAGGGGACAAACGGCGCCAAGCCAGCUGCUCUCCAUGGGAUGGGACCCUUUGGUCCCACACCUUGCAGCAUGUGGAGCGGUCCGCUCUGGGGCUCGAACAUGGAUACAA